AUGAACUUUGAACAGGACGAUGGAGAUAUAACGGAGAAUUCGGAUAUAGAGCAGUACAGUAUAACCGACUCUUUAGAAUUAUAUCGGGGCAGGUUAGACUAUGAAUCGAUACCAGACGUAGAUGAACUUUUACUUCAAGAACAGCUUAUGGACGACACUACGUUCUAUGACGACGAUUAUGAUUCUGUGGCAGAAUUGGCUGAAGAGAUAAGUGAAUGGGAAGCCGGCAUCAUCACUGGAUUCCCUCUUUCGUUCUUUCUUAGACACACGACGGCAGUGGCUACUGAAAGAGUACGAAAAGGGGCAUCGGAAUCAGAUCUUGCUGCUUUAAGAAUGCGUAUGCCAAAUGAUAUAGAGACAACGACAGAUUGUACCAUCUGUACUGAACAGUUUCAACAAAAAGAAAUUACUGAAUUACCAUGUCAUCACACAUACCACUCAGAAUGUAUCCUUCAGUGGCUUGAACUCAAUGCAUCCUGUCCUAUUUGUCGGCGUUCUAUACGUGAUAGAAAUAAUCAACCAGAUCAAAGAGAAGAAAGAAGACAACAUGAUCUAUACCCAGAUUAUGAAAACCCAGGAUAUUUGAUGGGUAUAGAAGAUAUGUUCAAUAUAUCCUUUGGAUCAUUUGGAGACUAUGAUAGUAACUAA